UCUACCUCAUGAUGGCAGGUGGAGUGUUCUGUACCUUCCUUCUGUUGUUGGUUGCGUCACACAGUGAUGCAGAAGAAAAAUGCUUGCAAAUCCAACUGGAGUGUGGCAGACAUGCAGUGUGUGGUCCAAUUCAGUCGAAGUACCUACAAGUUUGCGCAACCACUUUCGCAACAGGGAGGUCUUGUAGCAAAGUGUGCAAAUCAGCACACAUGCAGUUGCUCACCAAUAGUAUUGGCAGCAAGUACAACUACUGCGACUGCGAAACGAAUCGCAUUUGCUCGCUUUGGACGGCAAACCUGUUGAAGGCUUGCUACCGGGGUGUUCGCCCAGUAAUUCCAAAGCCGACCACGCCUAUACCAGAAGUAAUUGCUACCCAACCGGAAGUUAUGACUACUGAACAAGCAACUAUGGCGACUACACCAAUGAACUGUUUGGUUCUUCAGCAACAGUGCGGAGCAGAUCAGACGUGUGGCCCACUUCAAACUAAAUAUCUACAAAUGUGUCAAAGAAGCCUUGCUACAGGGAUGUCUUGUACAAAUGACUGCAUAGCAGCACAAAUGGAGUUGAUGCGGAACGAUAUUGGCAGCUAUUACAACAACUGUGAUUGUGGAGGGAAUACCAUUUGCAUGACGUACGGAGCAAAUCUAGUGAAGGCUUGCUACACUCCGACUGAUUCACCUCCUAUGUAUAUGAUGACAACGGAACCUCCUGCCUGUCCUCGAGAACAACCAAGCAAAAUGCUUGUAGAGAAAUCACCUCGUAAUGUACGUAAGCUCAAGAUGAUUUCAGUCGGCACCACCAUUCUGUACAAAUGUAAAGGAGGAUAUGACUUAGUAGGGGAUGCAUCAAGAGAAUGUUUGCCUAAUGGCCAAUAUUCAGCAGAACUUCCAAGAUGUGUCAAGUCUGCUGGAUGUAAACGACAAAAGGUAAAGAGACCACUAGUUGAGAUGAGCUCACCGAGGGUAAGGAGCAAUGCUAAGACAAUACCAGUGGGAACAACGUUGAGCUACAGUUGUAAGAAACAUUACAGUCUUCGUGGUGACAUGACUCGUGUUUGUCAACAAGAUGGGCAGUAUUCAGCAGAGAUGCCACAGUGUGAAGUGAGCUGCAUGAGUCACUGCACUGAAUUGAAAGUGUCUGGCGGUACUGUAUCUGUCCAACUGAAGAAAAAACUUGUCAUUCGAGAAUCAAAGAAAGUUAAAACUGUUCUCAGGAAAAUCUGUGAGGCAAAGGUCAAAUGCUCAGCAGGUCUGCAGCAAGUCACUGGGCCAUCAAAACUUUACUGUGGAGCAGGAACAGAGAGGCUGGGCUGGGUUGAUAACACUAAUAUGAUGCACAGCAACGAGUUGAAGUGUGUGCUUGCUCCCACUGCAACUCCCUAAAAUGGUGGUAUAGUUGCACUAUUGGACUUUUGUGAUUGUUACCGAGUUUUGGGUAGUAUAUGUAGCUAGCGCAACUUGUUUGUUUGCUUGCUGAUUGUCUUGAUUAUUAGUAUUGUGAUAAGAAUGACAUUGACAUAUCACACACAAUUAUAAGCUUCUGGGUAUAGCUAUAGCAAUUAGCUAUUUAUUCACUUGUUGUUGUUCUUGGAA